AUGGCAAUGACUGUGGUGUUGCUUAAUCUGAGCUUUUCUUUGGAGAUUUCCUGUCUCUCUUAUCAUGCAGAUAGAAUCGUUCGGCUUCCCGGGCAACCCAACAUAGGCUUCCGACAGUUCUCAGGAUAUGUUAUAGUGGAUGACAUCAAACACAAAGCUCUCUUCUACUAUUUUGUUGAAUCAGAAACUGAUCCAGCUUCAAAGCCUCUUGUUCUCUGGCUUAACGGAGGACCUGGUUGUUCUUCUCUUGGAGUGGGUGCAUUCUCUGAAAAUGGACCUUUUAGACCAAAUGGGGAAGUUCUGAUUAAAAAUGAGUACAGUUGGAACAGAGAGACAAAUAUGUUGUAUUUGGAGACACCAGUUGGAGUGGGGUUCUCUUAUGCUAAAGGUGGCUACUCCUACGAGACUGUGAAUGAUGACACAACAGCCAGGGACAAUCUUGUAUUCUUGCAACGCUGGUUCAACAAGUUCCCUCAAUACAGGCACAGAGAUUUGUUUCUAGCAGGUGAAAGCUAUGCAGGGCAUUAUGUUCCACAACUUGCAAAGCUCAUGAUUGAAAGAAACAAAAAGGAGAAGUUAUUCAAUCUGAAAGGCAUAGCCUUAGGUAAUCCAGUUCUAGAGUAUGCCACUGACUUAAAUUCAAGGGCCGAGUUCUUCUGGUCUCACGGAUUGAUAUCAGAUUCAACGUACAAAUUGUUCACCACAGGUUGUAAUUAUUCCCGCUAUGUCAGUGAAUACUAUAGAGACUCAAUUUCUCCGCUUUGUUCAAAGGUUUUGAGGCAAGUAAGCAGAGAAACCAGUAAGUUUGUGGACAAAUAUGAUGUCACCCUUGAUGUUUGCAUUUCAUCAGUGCUUUCACAGUCCAAAUCUAUUUGUCCUCAAGGCCAAAAAACAAAUGAGAGCAUAGAUGUAUGUGUAGAUGACAAAGUUACUAAUUACUUGAACCGAAAAGAUGUACAAGAGGCCCUCCAUGCAAAGCUUGUUGGAGUCCGAAAGUGGGAUGUCUGCAGCAACAUUUUGGACUACGAUAUGCUCAAUCUGGAGGUACCUACACUCCCUAUUGUUGGAUCACUCAUAAAAGCUGGAGUUCGGGUCUUAAUUUACAGUGGAGAUCAAGAUUCAGUAAUUCCACUGACUGGAAGCCGCACCUUGGUUCAAAAGCUGGCUAGACAACUAGGACUGAAUACAACAGUCCCCUACAGAGUAUGGUUUGAAGGCCAACAGGUUGGUGGAUGGACUCAAGUUUAUGGCAAUAUUCUCUCAUUUGCUACUGUCAGAGGUGCCUCCCAUGAAGCCCCUUUCUCACAGCCUGAAAGAUCACUUGUUUUGUUCAAGUCAUUCUUGAAAGACAGGCCUCUACCUGAAAUUUUCUGA